CCCCUUCACCGUGCCUUCCUCAAAACUCCACGCGUGCCUCACCUUUCCACCUUUCUCAUCAACCUAUACCUAAGUUUCCUCCGGUAUUCCCAGAUAUGAGAUUCAAUUUUGCGACCGUCGCCGUGCUCGCUCUCGGCGCGCAGUCCGUCGCUGCCAGCACCUGGUUCAGCAAGGCUGCUUACAACAAGUGGCAUGAGACCGAGUUGGAGAGAUGGCUCUCUGACCACGAUGUCCCUUACCCCACUUCUGCCGACCGCAAGGAUCUCGUCGAUCUGGUCAAGACCAACUGGGACCAGAAGAUCGCUCGGCCCUACAACAGCUGGGACACCAAGCAGCUCCAGAACUACAUCUCGAGCUCUGGCCAGGAGAUCAAGAAGGGCACUGAGCAGAACAAGGACAGUCUUGUCAGCCAAGUCAAGUCGUACUGGCAUGAGACUGCCGACCAAGCCUCGGACGCCUAUGCGUCGGUCCAGGACUGGGUCUUCGACAGCUGGACUGAAUCGCAGCUGAAGUCUUUCCUCGACUACCACAGCAUCCCUAACCCCUCCCCUCGCUCCCGCGACACUCUUCUCCACUCUGCCCGCUCCAACUACCAGGCCGUCGCCAAGAAGGCUGGUGAGACCACCGCCUACCCCGGCAACUGGCUCUACUCUCAGUGGUCCGACUCUGACCUCAAGGCAUGGCUCGAUGAGCGUGGCAUUCCUGCCCCUCAGCCUACCUCUCGUGACAAGAUGAUCGCUGCGCUCCGCCGUAACGCCCGCACUGCUUCCAACCAGGCUGCCAAGGCUGCCGCCUCUGCCUCCACUUCCGCCGUCGGUGCCCAGCAGUCUCUCUCUGACCAGCUCCUCAACUCCUGGAGCGACAGCCAGCUCAAGCAGUUCUUCGACAAGAACGGCAUCAAGGUCCCCCAGGGCUCCAAGCGUAACGAGCUGAUGGCUCUUGCCCGCAAGCACAGUGCUAAGCUCUCUGGUGACAACGUUUCCGCCUCAGCCUCCUCUGUUUACGGUGAGGCCUCUAAGUCUGCCGCUUCCGUCUAUAACGCCGCCUCCGGUGCUGCUGGCAAGUCAGCAUCCUCUCUGUCCGGUGCUGCCGCUAAGUCCGCCUCCUCGGCUUCUGGUGUUGCUGGCAAGUCUGCCUCCUCUGCCUCGGUUGUUGCUGGCAAGUCGGCUUCUUCCCUCUCUGGUGCCGCUGCCAAAUCUGCCUCCUCCGCUACCAACGCCGCUGGCAGCCAGUUUGCCUACGCCACUGACGCAGCCUACGGUUCCGCUCAGUACUGGUUCGAUUGGGCCAAGGCACAGGUUGGCAUCGGUGGUGAGCAGGCCAAGUCCUCUCUCGCUUCCAUCUCCAGCGUCGCAUCUGCUUCUGCCUCUUCCCUCUCCAGCGUGGCCUCCGUCUCCGGCUCCUCCGGCUUCCACGCUGCCACCGACGCUGCCGCCGCUACUGCCUCUUCCGCUGCCAGUGUUGCCAGCAAGUCCGGCAGCAGUGGUUACUACGCCGCUUCCGAUGCCGCUGGCUCGUCUGCUUCUUCCCUCUCGGGUGCUGCUGCCAAGUCCGCCUCCUCAGCAUCGAGCGUCGCCAGCAAGUCUGCCUCAUCUGCAGCCAGCGCCGCUUCGGUCGCUGCUUCCAAGUCCUCUUCGUCGCUCUCCGCUUCUGGCCCCUCGUCUGCCAGCAGCGCUGCCAGCAGCGUCGCCAGCAGUGUCUCCAAGGCUGGUGCCGGUUACGCCCAGCAGGCCGCCGAUGCUGUCGUCGAGAACGCCAGCUCUGCCAAGCACAGAGCCUCCGAGGCUGCCCAGAGAGCCACCGACCGCGUCAAGGAGGAGCUUUAAGCUCAUCACCAUAUCAACCACAGCAAGAAAAGAAAAAGCCGAGAUGAAACUCUACGAAUCAUGACGAUCGGAGGAGGAAAUGGCGAUGCCGAUUGGGCCUGUACUUUUAUUUUAGUCAACGACACUGAUGAACCAAAGAGGAUCAUUCUUCCGCCUCUUGCUUCCCUAGCUAGUUUUUAACAAUGAAAUGUUUUUAUCCG